AGCCCCUGGGUAACUUCCCAUUGUCCCCCUUUGAUGCCUAGAGCUCCUCCCAGUGCCCCUAGUAUAGCUUAGAGACCCCAGCACAAUCCCAGUUCCCCCCAGAACUGCCCAGUGCUGCCUACAGCCCCUCAGUAACCUCCCAGUGCCCCCCAAAACUGCUUAGAACCCCUCCCAGUUCUCCCAGUACCAUCUACAGCUUCCCAGUGCCCCCCAGUACUGCUUAUAGCUCCCUAGUGCCCCCCCAGCGCUAUCUAGAAUGUCCUAGCAUGCUCCCAGUGCUCCCCAGUACCGCCUAUAGCAUCCCAGUGCCUCCCAGUAUCCCCCAGGGCUGCCUAGGACCGUGUAAUACAAAGCCAUAUCUCACCCCCCCAGGAUUGUCUGGGUCACCCCCCAGCUUUCCGGAGCUCCCCAGUGCCCCCGUUGUGCCUGAACCCCCCCGUAACGGCUCAGUGUGGCUCCAGGCUGUGACCGAACGCUCCGUUCCCUCUUUCUGCCCCCCACGUUCCCCCCCCUCCCAGGACGGGGUCUGCGUGGAGGCACGUUCAGAGCAGCGCUUUGGGGUCAGCACCAAGAAGCCCCACAAGGCCCCCCCCGCGGGCAGCGCGCUGUACGGCCGCUUCGUCAAGGCAGCCACGCUCACAGCACGCGGGGAGGAGCCGACCAAGCAGCGGGGGGGCUCCGAGAGCAGCGAGGAGGAGGAGGAGGAGAAACUGGACCGCUCCUCGGCCUGCAGGCACUCACAAGGAAAGCAGUCGGCUCCGUGCCGCGUUGGGUGGUGGAAGCGCGGCUCCACUCCGUGUUCCUCCCAGUGCUCACAGGAGACUGCAGAGCCGAGACAGCACCGUGCAGCCCCCCCGGCCCCCGGAUCUGGGCCUGGAACCUCGGGGGGGCUCGGGGGCUGUUCGCAGCACUAG